AUGUAAUUUUUUUAAACAAGAUAUAAAGAGGGAAAUAUCCAGGCUAGACUUGAUAAUAAUAAUAUCCCAUAUUUGACACUAAGGCUGGUUAUUAAAGAUUAACAAACAAGAUUUGAAAAGAUUUAAUUCAAUCUUGUUAGUAUGUUUUCUAAUGUUGGUGGAUUGGCGAGUUAUGUUGUUGGAGUUAUUGCAUUUAUAAUAAAUCCUAUUUAAGAAUUCUUUUUUUAUCAAAGUCUUAUUAAAAAGACAUAUUUAACUGAGAAAUUGGAUAAUAAUGAUAAAACAGAAAAUUAGGAAAAAUAUGAUUUGAAAAAUUUAAACCCUACAAAUUUCCUAAGCAUGGUGAUUGAUCUGAAAAAUAGAAGUAAAUUUUUCUACUAAAAAUAAGAAGCUUGCAAAGAUUGCUUUUGGAAUUGUCUGACUUUAGGUUGA